AUGCUUGUGAUAAACAAGUUUAUGCUAUUCGUUCUACUAUGCGUCGCUAUUGCCUUCGCUAAGCCGGCGCCAGAUCCGCAGAUUGUCGCAGGCUUUGCGGACUCCAUGACCUCCGGCACUAUUGUCUCGCCGUGGGGUGGGAAUCUGGGUGGAUCGUGGACCAACCCCUACGGAAGCUUCACCAACUCCUACAGCGGCUAUGGACGAUACAGCAAUGCUGCCGGCUUCUUGUAA